AUGAUGAUUGGCGAGUUUAAAUUCUAUUUGAUGCCAUUGCAUUCGGCUGAAGCCAGUGUGUUGGUCGACGUUCUGCACUCACCCGAUCUCCUAUUUCCGGUCGGAUCGCGGCUUCGCGAAAAAUGCGCCAAGGGCGCAUUGUUAAAUGAUUUUUCUGGAUUCUUGUUCUCAUGCAGCGUAAUGUUUCUAUUAAGGCUUAUCCAGCAUUGCAAGACGUUGAUGCAGAACAAACAAGACAGUCUCUGUAGUCGUGUGCUACAAACACUUUGUCGUAUGUGUAGCUGCACAAAACAAACUCUGUGCGAACAGGUAACGAUGCGGUAA